GAACACUAUUCUAACUUGCCAAGACGAGUACUUUGCAGGGGGUCUGGGUUAUGACUGCCCAUACUUUUCUUCAACGUCAGCCUCCACUGUUGAUGUUUCCAAGGAGACGUGGGUCUCUCUCUGGGCUUCUGGUCUCCUGGACAACAGAUCAAGCAACCAUGGCCCACACACUCAAGGGCAACUUUAUAACAUGGGGAACUCACUCCAAGAAGAUUAUCUGUUUGGUGACCAACUCUCUUCCCAGAUAUCCGCCAAUAAGCAGCUCCAGGACACCCUAUUACAGAAGGAAGAGGAGCUGUCCAGACUUCACGAGGAGAAUAACAAACUGAAGGAAUUCCUGAACUCUGCCUUUGUGAAAACCUUAGCGGAAAAUACCAAGAAAUUACUACACCAGAAUGGGCAGUCUUCCUUCUGCACCAACCCAAACAGCAGGGUACCAUUCAGCAGCAAUUCUACUCCUGGGAGUAAGGCCAAGAGGGCCAGAAGAAACCUGUAUGGGGAACUCACUGCCUGUGAAGCCCAGUCCAGUCCAGUUGUAGAGAAGUGGGUUCUCCAAACCUUGGGACUGAAAGAUGUUGAUACAAUUGACGAUUCAGCGCUAGCUAACUACAGUGCCAUGUCUCUGCAGCCAAAGCAAGACUCUCCCUCCUCUGGGUACAGUUCUGCCCACCUGACCCCUGGACACAGCCAAGCAGCCACCUCUUGUAGCCUCUCACCUUCCCAAUGUAGCUCUGCAUCACUGCCAGAAAGUGAGACUGCCAGCCCACUCUCUUCUCCCACCUACCACACCCCUGAUGUGGCUCCAAAUAAGACCGAGGUGGCUUUCUCCACAUCUCUGCACCCUCACUGCAAUGUGAAGACCCACAGCUUCCCCCAAGGACAAGCAUUUGUGCGCAGGGAUACGCAGGGAGGCUGGAAGUUCACUUGGGUGCCCAAGCAGUCUGAAUGAAUGGGGCACCCAUCCACAAGAACUUGCAAUUGCACUUCAUUCUCUUCUGAAGAG